AUGGCAUCUGGAGGUUUGCUCAGCCAUGGUGAAGACCAGACAUUUUCACCUUGGUCCCCGUCUCGAAAGUUCAAUGAAGGCAGACGCCUCCCUCCAGCCAGGAACAUGAAGGGCUUAUCGGGCAGCCGUUCCCAGCACCAGAUCCCUUUACCCUAUGGCUUGGACUAUGACCCUCACGUUCAUGACCUCCACGCUCACCAUGGCUCUGACUCCCGCCACUCGUCCUACCUGCUCAGCCCCACAGAGAGCUGCCCCAUGGACUUCCACCACCGCUACUCGCCGCGCAGCUCCAUCCACUCUGACUGCAUGAUGAUGUCUCCUGUCAUGAUGCCCCCAGUUGCUGUGUCUGAACACAUCUCCAGCAGCACAUUCCCCAGAAUGCACUAUAGCUCACAGUAUUGUGACCCAGCCACACGGGACGACUGCGCUGCCAUCACAGCCUCUGCCACCUCCCCAGCUGUUGCUGCUGCGGCGGCAGCGGCAGCCGCAUCUUCCCAUCUCGCCGGCACCAAGAGCAACCGCCUUCCUGCUAACCUACUAGACCAGUUUGAGAAACAAGUGCCACUACACCGCGAUGGCUUCCACACGUUACAGUACCAGCGCACUUCCACCACCACUGAGCAACGCAGCGAGAGUCCUGGCCGCAUCAGACACCUUGUUCAUUCUGUCCAGAAGCUCUUCACCAAGUCCCACUCCCUGGAGGGAUCAUCCAAGAUGAAUGGCACAAAAGGUGAUAUGAUGGGAGGCGGAGGUUAUCACCAUCAUGGUCACCACUCCACCAAACAUGGUAGCAAGAGGAGCAAGAGCAAAGAACGCAAGCACCGCUCUGGUGGCUGGUGGAGCUCCGACGACAACCUGGAUAGUGACAGCACCUACCGCACACCCAGUGUCAUGUCGCGGCACCAUGGGGAACAUGUCAGCCACUGCUACCCAGAUUCCAUGCACAGCCACCACUUUGGAGACCUGUCACUCAAGACCUCUAAGAGUAACAAUGAUGUCAAGUGCUCGGCCUGCGAGAGCAUGGCCAUGGCGCCCGAGGGCAAAUUCAUGAAGAGGAGCUCCUGGUCGACACUGACAGUCAGCCAGGCCAAGGAGGCCUAUAGGAAGUCAUCGCUUAAUCUAGAGAAACCCAUGAUGCACUCGAUGCACUCCGACCUCAAACCUUCAUCGCGGACAUGUCACUACCUACAGGUGCCCCAGGAUGAGUGGGUUGGAUACCCAGGCGAGAAGGAUGAGGAGAUCCCAUGUCGGCGGAUGCGCAGCAGUAGCUAUGUCAAAGCUAUGGGAGAGGUGGAUGAUGAAAGUGGUGACUCUGACACCAGCCCUAAGACCUCCCCACAGAAGGCCAUUCCGUCUGAUGCUCUGGUCCUCAAAUCAGCCAUGCAGAGACCCCAUAUAGACUCCCAAAGCCAGGGCUACCACUUGCAAACCACAAGAGAUAUGCGACCCCACCCUAGUGUCACGCUGGACCCUGCCACCUUUCACCCCCCGCCCUUCCGCUCACGCAACCAGAGCUACAUGCGCGCCGUCAGCACCCUCAGUCAGGCUAGCUGCGUCAGCCAGGUGAGUGAGACAGAGAUCAAUGGCCAGUUUGAGUCAGUUUGCGAGUCCGUUUUUAGUGAAGUAGAAUCCCAGGCCAUGGAAGCCUUGGACCUGCCUGGUUCGUUCCGCACUCGAAGCCACAGUUACCUCCGUGCAAUUCAGGCUGGUUAUUCCCAAGAUGACGACUGCUUGCCUUCAAUGACAUCCUCCACUGUCACUUCAACUCUCAGAUCCACAACAGCGGUAUCAUAUCCUCCCAGUUACAAGAAGACUCCACCUCCUGUGCCCCCGCGCACCACCACCACCAAGCCUCUUAUCUCUGUGACAGCCCAGAGCAGUACAGAGUCCACCCAAGAUGCCUACCAGGAGGGCAGGCAUCCACGGGGUGGGCUGUGGACCACGGAUAGCCUUGGUCGUCCCAUCUACAGCUCCAUGGACAGCCUGGACAGCACCAAGGCAGUCACCAUGGCCAUGGAGUCAGCAGCAGGCAAGAGGCAUGCAUCUUUGGGCAGCCACAGCUCGGUCCAGACAUGCGACAAAGCAGUGCUGGUGUCCAAGGCCGAGGAGUACCUCAAAACCCCACGUUCCUCUAUCGGGAUACAGGUGGAAACUGUAACAGACUCUGAGACUGAAAGUAAAGGCCUUCCUCAGUUCCAUUCUAUAGGUAUCCAGGUGGAGGAUCACAAACGGCAUGGGAGGUUCAAGCGCUCCAACAGUGUGACCACUGCAGUACAAGCAGACAUGGAGUUGGAGGGCUUUCCCUCCAUGGAGGACAAGGGCCUGCAGUUUGGUGGUGGAUUCGGUCGCCACUCUGAGCCCAGCACGCCCACGCAGUAUGGGGCCAUCCGUACGGUGCGCACACAAGGCCUGUUCAGUUACAGGGAGGACAACCGGCCUUCCAGUGGGCCCUCCAGCCCACAGCCUGAAACCUGGCUGGUUGAACCCAGUCUGGAGAGCGCCGAAACAGGCCGAGUGUCCCCCCUUCGCAGGGACGGCAGCUGGUUCAUGCAGCUCCUUCACAAUGAAACCAAGCGGCUGGAGGGAUGGUGCAAAGAGAUGGAGAGAGAAGCAGAGGAGCAUGACCUGUCAGAGGAGAUCCUAGGAAAAAUCCGGAGUGCCGUGGGAAGUGCUCAGCUACUAAUGUCUCAAAAGUUUCAGCAGUUUUACUGGCUAUGUCAGCAGAAUCUGGACCCUAGUGCCAUGCCCAGACCCACAUCUCAGGACCUGGCUGGAUUCUGGGACCUCUUGCAGCUUUCCAUUGAUGACGUCACUGCCAAGUUUGAUGAGCUGCAGCAGAUCAAGAGCAACCAGUGGCAGCUGGUGGAGAGCCCAGCAAAGAAGGAGCGGAAGUGGCCACCACCUAUGCCAAAGCGGCCGUCCAAGGGGCGUGGCGGUAUCAUGCGAGAGCGCUCUCUGGACCUUCAGGACCGCCAGCGACAGGAAGCCCGCAGACGCCUCAUGGCCGCCAAACGAGCAGCUUCUUUCAGACAGAACUCAGCCACAGAGAGGGCAGACAGCAUCGAGAUCUACAUCCCUGAAGCCCAGACACGGCUUUGAGGUUUACGGAUUCAUCCUUAGCUCCUCUUGUCCACCUUCACCCAAUACCAGCUCGUCGCAUCACAUCCAGCCUGCUGUCAUCUGUCACUGCUCAUCCACUUUUUCAUCAUCUGUCGCCAUUCUUUUGGUUGCCCCUACUGAAGCUACACUAGGCAAGAAUUUGUUGUUGUAGUUAUUAGCUUAAAUGACAAUGUGGCACUGCCAUAGGGAAGAACGCCCCAUCUAUCCUGAGUGAGAAGUUCGAUGAGUCAGUUGAGUCAGGUGUGGAUGGUUGUUUUCUCACAGAAAGUAAUAAAUAAAAAGUUUAAAAUAAAGCUCAACACACACAAAAAAAAAAAUACUAGACACACCAGCAACAUUUUGCCUCUAGCCCUUCUUGGUUAAAACUGAUUGCAGGCCAGCUGGAUUGGUAAACAUGAGCCACUAACGUGAAGUUGCCUAGUGUUGCUUUAAACCCACAAGGGAAUGGUAUUUAUUUCAGCAUUAUUUCAAGUUGGUGAUUUAUUUGGUCAUGGCCAUUAUUGUUAAAACUCCAGUCUUCACCAUUGUUGUCAUUACACCGCUGUGAUAAGGCUAUACUUACCACAUUCAAAAGUCAACACAAAGUGCAACUUUUCACUUCUCAACAGCAACAAUGGUCUUUGGCCAAAGCAUCCUGAAAGAACAGCGGCAGCAGAAAUUGAUUGUGUAUAAAAUAUUUUGUCAUAAUAAUACAAAUACAUUUUCUUUUUGAUGAGGUUCUAAUUUCACAUCCAGCCUUUUCUAUGGAGGUGGCUAAGACCUGGUACCUUGCUUGAUCAAUUUCCAGCCAAAAAUUGUCCAAAUAAUACGGUUUUUAAAAUGUUCUACAGCGUGUCUGAGGUUCUGCACAACUAUAUAAUCUAUCCAUCUUUAACCAGGCAUGCUGCAGCCGCUGACCAGUGUUGCUGAAUGAGAUCUGAAAAAUAAGGCUAUCCUAGAACCUAGAAAUCCUAGACCAUCAUUUCAGCAUUUAUUCAUUUCCAUUCAUGUACUACCAUACACUCUUAGGACUAUACAUUUUUAAAGCUAUGUACGUUAUUUGCUGCAGGAUACAUUCCAUUGCAGAAUAAAUAUGAAUUAUUAACAAAAGACAGUUUUG